CACACACACACACACACACACCACCGUGGCCAUCCUCUAUUUUCCAGUGACUUCCUCCCCUGAGCAAAUUAUCCACACCCUCCCCUCCACCCUAUCUCCUCGCCCGCGCGAGUCUGAGCCAUACAGAGUGACGUAUGAGUUAUUCCGCGGCUUUCCACAUCCGUGGGUGCCAGCUCACCAAGUAUAAACCCAAUCCCGGGAGUUCUGCUUGUCACUCACUCAAUCGCACCGACUCCGUCACCAGAGCUGAACUUCAGCGGAGAUAGCAGGCACUUUCUCGGCGCUCAGGCUAGCUCGCUUUCGGCUUUGGUUCGAGAUGGAGACUCGCUCGACUGCACGGAGAUCUCGCAGCUCCAAAAUCCACAACUUCAAGAGUGGGCUCACCCUGUGGCUGGUGCUGUGGUUGGUGGUGCUGAAGCCGAGUGGGGUGGGGGCGUGUCCAAGGCUGUGUGUGUGUUACCCGUCACCCAUGACGGUUAGCUGCCAGUCUCAGAACUUCACCACCGUGCCUUCCGGAGUUCCCUACGACUCCCAGCGCGUCUUUCUGCAGAACAACCGCAUCACCGAGCUCAGAGCAGACUCCUUUGGCUUCGAGACACAGGUCCUCUGGCUCUACUCCAAUAACAUCACAUUGAUUGAGGCUGGAGCCUUUAGCAACUUGAGGGUUCUAGAAGAGCUGGACCUUGGUGACAACCCGUCGCUACGGCGACUGGAGGGUGGAGCGUUCCGGGGACUGGAGAAGCUGCAGAGCCUGCACAUGCACCGCUGCAAGCUGGCCGCUCUUCCCCUCGACCUCUUCCUCAAACUCUACAGCCUGCAGUUCCUCUACCUGCAGGAGAACCAGCUGCACUUCAUCCAGGAUGACCUCUUCUCCGACCUGGUCAACCUGACCCACCUCUUCCUGCAUGGCAACCGUAUCCGCACACUGUCCGAGAACGCGUUCCGCGGCCUGGUCAACCUGGACCGCCUCCUGCUCCACGACAACCGCAUCCGGCAGGUGAACCGCCGUGCCUUCCGCGACCUGGGCCGUCUGACCAUCCUCUACUUGUUCAACAACUCCCUGGCAGAGCUGCCAGGCCAGGCCAUGAACGACGCUGUGGCAGUGCAGUUCCUCCGCCUCAAUGGGAACCCCUGGUCCUGCGGCUGUGAGGCCCGCCCCCUGUGGGAGUGGUUCCGUACUGCCCGCAUCUCCUCCUCUGAGCUGAUGUGCUCAUCCCCCUCCCACCGCCGUGGACAGGACCUGCGCUUCCUCCGAGAGAUGGACUUUGCCCUUUGCCCCCUCCCUGACCCCGGGUCACUGGCUGGCACCACCACAACCACCUUUAGCACCAAGACAAGAUGGUGGUUCUCCAAGCACAAGCCUGCGUCCUCAUCCAAAGGAAUCUUCCAGAAGAGCUCGGAGAAGGUCAAGGUGUUCCCCUUGUCCUCAGUCAAGCCCAGCCAGACCUCCAGCCCUUCCUCCACCUCCUUCUCCUCUAAGUACGAGCUGGCGGAGGAGGAGGUGAACCUUCCCAAGGUGGACCAGGAGGACUACUGGGCAGACUACGGGAAUGAAGACGCCUCUGUGCGCUGCUUCGAGCUUGAGUGUCCGCCCGGUUAUGAUACUCCGAUCCUCCCGCCCUCCUCCUCCUCCUCCCUCACUCCGUCUUUACUCCCUCUCCUCUCCCUUUCUGUGCUAACUCUGUCCCUCCAUCUUCUCUUUGGCUAA